CUUGCAUCCAAUGGCCAUACUGAUAAAAAUAAUACUACACUUUUAGAUGCAUAUCAACCUGAGGAGAUUCAUUCUCAAUAUGUAAUUCGAAUAGCAAGAAAAGAUUAUAUAAUGAUCAAUUAUCUUAGUGAAGUUUAUAGAAUAUCUAAUACUCAUAAAUAUUAUAGAGAACUUAAAGGAUUCACAGAAAAGGUUAUAGAAUUAGUUAGGGAACCUUAUUCCAAAUUUAUUGAUAAUGGCCUUCCUAAAACGUAUUUUAAUCUUCAGCUUCUUGAAUCAGCAAAAGAAGGAUAUAUCAAAAGACUAGCUAUUGCCUCUGUUAAAAAUGGAUUUCAAAAAUUAGAAGAUUAUUUGGUUCAACUAAAAUUCAAUUAUUCUGUAAUCUGGCUACAGACUUUUUUAGAAGAAAAACUAAUAGAAAAGGAAUUCAAACCUAUUGAUAAUGAAGAUGCUAUAGUUAAAGGUACUAAUUUAGUUAUUGAAAAAUAUGGAUAG